CGCCAGGUGCGGCUUCCGCGUCAAGAUGGCCGCCACCAGCUGGGCCGGGGUCUGGUUCUCAUCCCGCGGCCGCCUUCCCGCCAGGCGCCCGCUGCUGCGAGUUGCCCUCUGCCUCCUGUGCUGGGGCCCGGCGGCUGUGGGCGCCGUCCCCGAGCUCGGGCUCUGGGCAGCGACGAUCAAUGACAAAUCAGGACCUUUGAUAUUUAGGAAAACUAUGUUUAACUCUACUGAGAUCAAGUUUUCUGUUAAGUCAUUCAGCUGCCCUGGGCCUGUGAAGUUUACCAUAGUGUGGCUUUUGGAACAUCAUCCCUGUCACAAUCAAUAUUCUGAGCUGGAAGAGCUGUCACAAAAACAUGAACUUAGUGUCAGUGAAGACUUUUGUGGUCAUUAUUUCAACAGCAGCGAAUGUUGGACAACAAAAAAUGAAAACUUAGAUUGCAACAGUGAUUCACAGACGUUUCCCUCAUUGAAUAAUAAAGAACUAAGAACAAAUACCGGAAGUGUUACAAACCAGGAAAGGUCAGCGGAUGUUGUAGCCAAAACACAGAGAGAUGGGUUUCAUAUCUUUAUUGUUUCUAUUAAAACAGAAAAAACAGAUGCAAGCUGGAAUUUGAAUGUUUCUCUUUCUAUGAUGGGGCCUCAUGGAUAUAUCUCUGCAUCAGAUUGGCCUCUGAUGAUUUUCUACAUGGUGAUGUGUAUCGUUUAUAUCUUGUAUGGCAUACUCUGGCUGAUGUGGUCUGCCUGCUAUUGGAAAGAUAUACUAAGAAUCCAGUUCUGGAUUGCAGCUGUUAUUUUCCUGGGAAUGCUUGAAAAAGCAGUUUUUUAUGCUGAAUACCAAAACAUCAACAGCACUGGGUUAUCAACCCAGAGUUUACUGAUCUUUGCGGAGUUGAUAUCUGCAAUUAAGAGGAUGCUGGCUCGCCUCCUGGUGAUCAUUGUGAGCUUGGGAUACGGCAUUGUGAAGCCUCGUCUAGGAACAGUCAUGCACCGGGUCAUCGGACUGGGGAUCCUUUACUUUAUCUUUGCAGCUGCUGAAGGCGUGAUAAGAGUCAUUGGGGGUUCUAACCAUUUAGCUGUUGUAUUUGGUGACAUUAUUUUAGCCGUUAUUGACUCCAUUUUUGUAUGGUUCAUUUUUAUAAGUUUGGCACAAACUAUGAAGACUCUAAGGCUAAGAAAGAACACAGUGAAAUUUUCUUUGUACAGGCACUUCACAAAUACCCUGAUCUUUGCCAUAAUGGCAUCUGUAGUGUUUAUGGUGUGGACAACUAAGACAUUUAGAAUUGCAAAAUGUCAAUCAGAUUGGAUGGAACGCUGGAUCGAUGAUGCGUUUUGGAGCUUCCUUUUUUCCCUUAUCCUUGUUGUAAUAAUGUUUUUGUGGAGACCAUCAGCAAACAAUCAGAGAUAUGCCUUCAUGCCCUUAAUAGAUGAUUCUGAUGAUGAAAUUGAAGAAUUCAUGGUAACAUCUGAAAAUUUAACUGAAGGAAUAAAAUUAAGAGUCUCAAAAAUGGUUUCCAAUGGAACAGCUAAACCUGCUACUUCUGAUAAUUUUGAUGAAGAUUUGAAGUGGGUGGAGGAAAACAUUCCCUCUUCAUUCACAGAUGUAGUUCUUCCAGUAUUAGUGGAUUCAGAUGAGGAAAUUAUGACCAGAUCUGAAAUGGCAGAAAAAAUGUUCUCUUCAGAAAAAAUAAUGUGAUUGGAACCCACAUAAAUGAAGCUUACAUAACAGUGAAGGACUUCCUCAAGACUAAAAGAGAACUCUGUUUUGAUACAGUACAAUAAGUUUUUAUUGCAUGAUCUUGGAAAUCUAUGUACUAAAACUAAGAAUUCAGAUGGUGGGAGGGUUCUGCAACCCUUAUUAAGCUGACUCUUGAAUCCAGUUUAAUGUCCAUUAAAUUGCCUAGACUUGGCAAUGACCUGAGAGAAGUAUUAUAAUAAAGAUAGGUGCCCAAAUGCCCUUAGCUGAUGGGUGGCAGGCGUGUGGGUUUGGGUUCUCUUUUUUAUUUCCUGGAAAAUAUGACAAUUUAAAACACCUUUUUUUUUUUUUUUUUUUUGCGGUACGCGGGCCUCUCACCGCUGUGGCCUCUCCCGUUGCGGAGCACAGGCUCCGGAUGCGCAGGCUCAGCGGUCAUGGCUCACGGGCCUAGCUGCUCCGUGGCAUGUGGGAUCUUCCCGGACCGGGGCACAGACCCGUGUCCCCUGCAUCGGCAAGCGGACUCUCAACCGCUGCGCCACCAGGGAAGCCCUAAGACACCUUUUUUACAUCAACACUCCUACUGUUCUUCCACUGACCUUUGUUUGAUUCAGGUAAUGUGAUUCUUCUGAGGUAAAGCAGUGUCUCCACCUCUUGGGUUUAUAGUUACUAGAUGCAAUAAUAAUUCUCUUUGAUUUUCAUGCUGAAGCAAUUUGAUAAGAAGUAGAACUUGCUUAACGUUGGAACAUAAGGAUGUUUAUAUGGUUAGGUUUGCUCUGUGUGUGUGUGUGUAUGCACAUCUGCACAAAGCCCUUGUGUGUAAUUAUCACCACACACAUCAAAUCAUAGCAUUGGUCUUUUCUAUCUGAGCUCAGGGGAGCACAGUACAUGGAGACAGGUUACUUCCAAAGAUCUGCUCUGCCGCUGUCCCCUCCCUCAGGCCAGAUAUCUGUGUGCUGCUGCUGAAUGCCUGGGGCAGGUGGGGUCCCCUGGCCACAUGGCUCCACCAGAGCACUUCCUCCCUGGCGAGCUGGGAGGCUCAUACCAGUGAACCUUGAGGAAACAAGAACCUUCUAUGUAAUCCUAGCAUAUUUGGUUUCAUAAAAAACUAUAUAUUUAACUGCAUAGUACAUCACUAUUAAUCUUGUAACUAAUUUUUUAACCUUAAACCAUGUUUUAUACAUUAUUUUGUUACAUUAUAUAUGUAAUGUGUAAUUUGAAAUUAAAAAAAAAUUUUUUUUAAUGCAGAACGUUCUAAACUUGAAAAGCAGUUGAAUAUAGUAUGAUGAAAAUGGUGAAUGUUUUGCUGCUCUCCUGACCAAAGAUACAGCCUAGUGAACAUUUAGAAUAGGAAUUAAAGUUAGAAUCCUGUAUGUCUUUCUUUGAAGGAGUUCUAACCUUGUGAGUUGAGGAUGACUUCAGAGGUUUUUUUUGCGGUACACGGCCCCUCCCACCGCGGAGCACAGGCUCCGGACGCGCAGGCCCAAUGGCCAUGGCUCACGGCCCAGCCGCUCCGCGGCAUGUGGGAUCCUCCCGGACCGGGGCGCGAACCCGCGUCCCCUGCAUCAGCAGGCGGACUCCCAACCACUGUGCCACCAGGGAAGCCACCAGAGUUUUUGAUUAAGCCUUAAAUUCUUAACCAGUACAAGCACUUAAAUCAUAACCUUUCAUUGAUUUUUUUCAUUGUGAAGCCACAAAACAAAAUGAUUUCUUUCAAAAGCCUGCGUUAUGAAUUGCCUUCUCAUUUUCUCAUUUCAUAGGAGUUAGUAAAAAAGCUUUCUAGGGCUUCCCUGGUGACGCAGUGGUUGAGAGUCUGCCUGCUAAUGCAGGUGACAUGGGUUCGAGCCCUGGUCCAGGAGGAUCGCAUGUGCCACGGAGCAACUAGGCCCGUGAGCCACAACUACUGAGCCUGCGCGUCUGGAGCCUGUGCUCCGCAACAAGAGAGGCCGCGAUAGUGAGAGGCCUGCGCACCGCGAUGAAGAGUGGCCCCCGCUUGACACAACUAGAGAAAGCCCUCGCACAGAAACGAAGACGCAACACAGCAAAAAUAAAUAAAUAAAUUAAUAAACUCCUACCUGCAACAUCUUCUUUAAAAAAAAAAAAAAAAAACUUUCUAGUAGUAAUGCCUCUUGAAAGAUACUUUCAAAUUUAUUUGCAGUAGUAACUAUUGACUGUGUUGUACUGAGAAAGGUUUGGGACAUCCUUCCCAAGAAAAGAACAUCUAACAGUGUGGGUUCCCUUCCUUAUUUCCGUUUCUGCCACAAUAAUGGGCUCCCACCUACCAUCUUUCCCAGCAUUUAUGUCCAUUCUGGUUUUGGUGUAUUUUACCCUCAGCCCAGUUGUUUCAGAGCUGACCAGUGCCUUCUUGUUCCUAACAUUUGUGUCUAAUACCAGUCCCCAGAUUUUGAAGCAGGUUGAUCCCCAACUCAUAGGGCUGUAGUUGAAUUUUGAAAUGUAGAAUCCUGGGUUUCCAGCUGCAGAUGUUGUGGAGUGCGAGUGGAGAGUUGAUGGUAACUGUGUAGUAAUAAGGGAAAAUGCUUCUCACAUAACCUUGAUAGUGUUUAUAAAAACACUUCUGUCUGCAGCUGGCAAGAAAAAUGAUGCUGCCGGUAUGGCUCAGGUGCACAGCGAAAUGCAGACUUUUCUCCAAAUCACAGAAAGCAGUAUUUUCUCCUGAUAACCUCAUCAGAAAUGUUUUUCAAGGGGCGUAUACUGUGUCUGGCACCUUCAGUGGCAGUUGUGUUCGUUGGUGACUCGUGAGCUGAAGCGAGUGUUCCUACAGAGGGCCUCCUCGGCCCCCUCGUGUGCACAGGAGGGGCUCCCUGGGGCUGUAGCCAUAGUUCUGAUGAAGGACCCCAGGGAGAAGUCACACUCAGAGCCACUGUACAGCUCGUCAUCCCCGCUUCUGCACAAAGUUUCCAGAAACUGGGCAUCAGGCUCUUUGAGGCUGUCACAUCAUUUUAUUCUUAGGAUGCCAUCAGGAUGGGUUUCCCUGUUAAUGCAGGGAUCUGAGAAUAAGAGUCCGGUUUUAUGUGUUCCUAGGCAAAAUGCUUAAGUGUUUUUAUUAUGCAGUUCAUGUUAGGUUUAUGUGAAGUAAGAAAUCUGCUUAAAAGGGAAUUUUCAUGAUUUGAGUUAGAUUAGUAUUAGUAUCUGCUUUAGUGGAGCUUUAAGUUAGUUUAUUUCAAAAAAUAAGGAAAAAUAGAUGAAUAUGUGAAUUUUUUAAGCCCAAGAGAUUAUGCUCCCAUACUUUUUACUUUUCCUGUAAAGAAAAUAAUAUUUAAAAUCUUUCACAUAUCCUGCAGAGAGUACUGACUUUCCCCCUCUACGGCAGUAUAUUAUAUUUGCACUACUGUAAUGUGAAGACUGAAAGUAUAAAAGAUAUACAUGUACAUGAAAGUAUAAAACGAUUUUUAUAUCCUUUUUUCAAAAGGGAUUUGAGUCUAUUGCACUAGGCCGUACAGGACUGGUUUAUGAGACGUAUUAUGCUAGAUUUAUAAGUCCCUAGUUUUGGUACUUGUGUCUUUGUAUGAUCAACAGCAUGUUAUAAGCAAUACAAAACACCAUGCCUUAUAAGAAAGAAGUUUAACAUGUUGGUUAAAGUACUAAAUUACAUAGCGAAUGUAUAUAAGUGACAAAACUAGAUUUAAGGAAAUGUACAUUAUAACACAGGAGCUCAAUAAGAAACUUCUUUAGAACUAGGAAAACAUGUAUUUGGGAAGAAAGGGGCUUAAGAAGUUAUAUAUUUUUAUUUAAAAGGUUAAAUUAUUGUAUUAUUUGGAAGAAGCUGCUCUGAAUGUAGGACAAAACUAUUUCAAAGAUUUUUGUUUGAAAAAACUGAUGUAUUUUUGUGCCUUAAUAUUUGUUCUGACAAUAAAAUGCUUUCUGAAA